AUGACUACUAAUCCCGGAGGCCCCAUCAUCUUAACCCUCACUGAGUGGGCGGAAAACAACAUCUCCGCCAUCUACAAAGCCACCACUCAGAACGCUUUCAACAGCGCGUUCAACGCGUUUGUUGCCGACGACGCUCACAUCACGGUCAACGGCCACGAGCUGACGCGCGAGAAGUAUCGGCAGCUUCUCCAGGAUCAGACUGGGCUAGAGAAUGAGAAUGUAACUUUCUCUGGUGCCGUCGGCGUUCUCAAGAAGAAGGAUAAUUCGCUGGGAUUGGCUGGCAAUGCUGGUAUCUUCUACAAAGCGACCGGCAACCUCGUCAACAUCAGAUCUUUAUCGCCUGCGCCGCUGCGGAUCAUUACUUCGUCCUUGAACAUCACUGUCGUUCAGGUGGGGACGUCUGAGACUCGCGUGGUCUCGGCAGUGAACCAAGUCGUGCUGACAGAGGACAGCCCCAAUGUUCUGCCUACCCCCCAGUGA